AGUGUUGCUGCCUCCAAGAUAACAAGAGAAUCAUCGGUUUUGGAUUCAGUUCUCCUGGUCUCUAUUAUUAGCCCACAAGUCAUCGAAGAAACCAGUACUUCUUCCUGCUCUUUUGUCGCCUCUUUCUUUGUUAUUUAUCAAUAUCUUAGCUUGCCAAGUCCGAUUCUCACUCCAUCGGCGUUCCGAUCGAGUUUGUUAUCAUUCAUCGAAAUUUGAGCAAAAAAGGCGGAAGUCACCGUGAUCAUCUAGAGCGCGAUUCCCUCCUUCCUGUCACCGUUCUGUAUAUAAAUUCAAGUCUUCUUGUCAGGCAGGGGAUCAAAGGAAGAGGAGAAAAGUCAGGAAUCUGAUCCCUCCUCGGGCGAAUUACACUGCUGGAUGGAGUGUUUCAGAUGGCAGUACUUGAUUAUUGUCGCGGUGAUGGUGGUGGGAAAGGAAGUGGGAGGGUUUCCCGAAGAAGAUUUGGUGGCGAGAUUGCCCGGGCAGCCGAAGGUGGGCUUCGCGCAGUACGCAGGGUAUGUGGAUAUUGAUGUGAAGACCGGGAGGAGUCUCUUCUAUUACUUCGCUGAGGCUGAUGGAGAUGCUGACGAGAAGCCUCUCACCCUGUGGCUGAAUGGAGGUCCCGGCUGUUCUUCAAUUGGAGGUGGUGCCUUCACCGAGCUGGGUCCAUUUUUCCCUCGUGGAGAUGGACGUGGUCUUCGAAUAAAUAAAAAGUCAUGGAACAAAGUGUCUAAUCUUCUUUUUGUUGAAUCCCCGGCUGGAGUUGGAUGGUCGUACUCCAAUUCAACUUCAGAUUAUAACAGUGGGGAUGAAUCAACAGCGAAUGACAUGCUUACUUUUCUGUUGAGAUGGUAUGAAAAAUUUCCUGAGUUUAGAUCAAGAGAUUUAUUUCUAACGGGAGAAAGCUACGCAGGGCACUAUAUCCCACAGCUGGCUAAUGUUCUUCUUGAUUAUAAUCACCAUUCUUCUGGUUUCAUGUUUAAGAUUAAAGGAAUUGCCAUUGGAAACCCACUUCUCAAGCUUGAUAGGGAUAUUCCAGCAACGUACGAGUACUUUUGGUCACAUGGUAUGAUAUCGGAUGAGAUAGGCCUUAGAAUCAUGAGCGAGUGUGAUUUUGAAGAUUACACCUUCAGUGGCGCCCACAAUAUGAGCAAAUCUUGUAAUGAAGCUAUUGAAGAGGCAAAUACAGUGGUUGGGGAUUACAUAAAUGCAUACGAUGUCAUUCUAGAUGUUUGCUAUCCAUCAAUUGUGGAGCAAGAGUUGAGAUUACGAAAAUAUGUCACUAAGAUGAGUGUUGGCAUUGAUGUUUGCAUGUCCUAUGAAAGGCGUUUCUAUUUCAACCUUCCAGAAGUUCAACAGGCUCUUCAUGCUAACGGGACAAAACUGCCUUAUCGCUGGAGCAUGUGCAGUGGUGUCUUAAACUACAGCGACGCAGAUGGAGAUAUCAAUAUCUUGCCCCUACUCGCUAGAAUAGUUAAGAAUAAAAUACCAAUUUGGGUUUUCAGUGGUGAUCAAGAUUCCGUUGUGCCGCUGUUGGGUUCGCGAACGCUUGUACGGGAAUUGGCUCAUGAUCUUCAAUUUGGAGUAACAGUCCCUUAUAGUGUUUGGUUUUACAAAGGACAGGUGGGCGGAUGGGUAACAGAGUAUGGGAAGCUAUUGACUUUUGCAACUGUAAGAGGGGCAGCUCAUAUGGUUCCAUACGCUCAACCAGCGAGAGCUCUUCGUCUUUUCACCUCGUUUGUUCAUGGCCACCGGCUGCCAAACUCCACCUACCCUCCGAUUGAUUAAAUAGCAGUAGAAAUGUGAAGCAUUUGUUUCCGACUCUUUUAAUAAUGUUCUAAUAAAGCAUGAAUCAAUUAAAUUUAAAAUUAAAAUUGUGCUUUAUCAGUUUUUGUUGCUAGUUUCUAUGCAAAAGCCUCUAGGAUGAGGCUACCUUAGUACAAUACUCAGGAUGGAAUGACAAGCAUCACUUAAAAUGCAAUAGGUUUGUUA